UAUUUUGGCGGCUGUGCGGAAAACAUGGCGGAAAAUUUGAAAGAUUGCAGUGUGCCGUGUAAAAUGUCCUUUGAUGAGCUGGAAGCCCAGUGUCGCAGAGAGAGGCUCCACUGUAAACAGCUCGGGGUGAAGAGAGCCAACGCCAAUGAGUACGAGGUGGAAUUCCUCUGUGACUACAAGAAGACUAAGGAGGAGGAGUUCUACCUGGUUAAGUGGAGGGGGUUCCCUGAGUCAGAAAACACCUGGGAACCCAAGAGGAACCUCAGAUGCCCAAAACUGAUUAAGCAGUUCCACCUGGACCUUGAUCAGGAGCUUAGGCGCCACAACAGACGCUGCAUUCCUAAAAAGCUGGAUAAGGAGGUUGCCUCAGUCAUCAUUCAGAAAGCCAAACUCCGUCAGAGUCUGCAGCGCUGGGAGGUCCAUUUGAAUCAGACUCGCAACCACCCAGGUCGCAUUUUUGUCGUGAACGAAGUAGACUUUGAGGGCCCCCCAAAAAACUUCACCUACAUCAACAACUACAAAGUAGGCCAGGGCAUCGUGCUCGAUGAGAUGGCUGUGGGUUGUGAGUGUAAGAACUGUUUAGCGGAGCCGGUGAAUGGCUGCUGCCCUGGGGCCUCCUUGCACCGCAUGGCCUACAACGACAGGGGGCAGGUCCGGAUCCGGCCUGGACAGCCCAUAUACGAGUGUAACACCCGAUGCAGCUGUGGCCAUGAUUGCCCCAACAGAGUGGUGCAGAAAGGCAUACAGUUCGACCUGUGCAUCUUUAAGACAGAGAAUGGCCGGGGGUGGGGCGUCCGAACACUGCAGCACAUCAAGAGGAACACGUUCGUCAUGGAGUAUGUAGGAGAGAUCAUUACAACAGAUGAAGCAGAGAGGAGAGGUCAGGUGUACGACCGCCAAGGCUCUACAUACCUGUUUGAUCUGGACUAUGUGGAGGACGUGUACACAGUGGAUGCUGCUCAUCUAGGCAACAUCUCCCACUUUGUCAACCACAGCUGUAACCCCAACCUGCAGGUGUUCAACGUGUUCAUUGACAACAUUGACGAGAGGCUCCCAAGAAUCGCUUUAUUUUCAACGCGGGCUAUUCGGGCAGGAGAGGAGCUCACCUUUGACUACAAGAUGCAAAUUGAUCCGUUCGAUACAGAAAGCACCAAAAUGGACUCCAGUUUCAGUCUAGCGGGACUCCCCGGCUCUCCAAAGAAGAGGAUUCGAGUGGAGUGUCGGUGUGGAUCAGACUCUUGUCGAAAGUACCUGUUCUGAUAAGGGACUGCUGGGAACGCAGCACAAUUAUUUGUGUAAAGAUGUGGAAAAUUGUACAGAUUUUUUUUUUUAAAUGAUUUUUUUAACUUUCUUUUUGGUUUUAUGAAAGCUGAAAUCCACCAUCAACUUCAUCGUGGGAACAUGAAAAACUCCCCCAAGUCAAAAAAAAAAAGAAAAAAGUUUUAUAUAUGUGAUUUACCUCAACAGAAUGUAGAGCUUCUAGGUCUCCAGCAAACUGAAGA